AUGGCGUCGUGUAGCCAGGAAAAUGUCACAGCUUCUGGAGAGGAACAAGCUGACACGUCGUUCUCCCAAAAGAGAGAAGCGAGACUUCGUAAAUUUAGAGAGUUGCAUUUUAAACGGAAUGAAGCACGCAAACUGAACCACCAGGAGGUUGUGGAGGAGGAUAAGAGGAAGAAACUUCCUGCCAACUGGGAGGCUAAAAAAGCUCGACUGGAGUGGGAGCUGACUGAGGGUGAAAAGAAAAAGAAGAAGAGGAACCCAGACCAGGGGUUUGCAGGUUAUGCGGAGGCCCAGCUGAGACAGUACCAGAGGCUCACCAAACAGAUCCGACCAGACCUGGAGAGCUACGCCAAGCUCAGAGAGGAGAGUGGGGAGGACUUCUAUCCCACGUCCAACAGCCUGAUCCACGGGACCCACGUCCCCACGAAGGACGGCAUCGACCGCAUGGUGGAGGACGUAGAGAAACAGAUUGAGAAGCGGGCCAAAUACAGCCGGCGCCGCGCCUAUAACGACGACGCCGACAUCGACUACAUCAACGAGAGGAACGCCAAGUUCAACAAGAAGGCCGAGCGCUUCUACGGGAAAUACACCGCCGAGAUCAAGCAGAACCUGGAGAGGGGAACGGCCGUCUAG